AUGGGGAUGUCUUUGCACAAUCUGUGCUUCUGUCUCUUCAUCAUCCUCGCCUUCUCUGGCCAGGCCUAUGGUUUUGGGGCAGGAAACAUCGCAUCUCUCUCUCGGAUCGAAGGUCAGAAUUGGCGUCAUGGUGAUAUUGAAGAUACAUUAUUGAGCCUAUUCCUCGCUCGUGUCGCCGGCGGGCGGAAGUUCAGCAAGCUUGAUGUGAAGCGUGUAUAUUUCGGUAACUGGCUUCGCGACUAUAGUCAAGCCGUCGAUGUCGGUACUGUCAAACAUGUCAGCGCCGAGGCGAUUCGCAUCCUGAUCUGGGUCCUGGGAUUCAUGAGCUUUGGGUAUGGUACUCGUGAAUUUGAAGUGACCACAGAGCGGUUGGGUUGCUACCAACCCACAGAACAUAUCGAUAACCCGCUCGGCUAUGCGGAGGGUGACGAUGCCCGUCGUUACGACCGGCGUCUUCGAGGGCCUAUUGAUGAGGAACGCGAGUUAUCGAUUGAUCCUCAAACCGAAUUCCUCACCUGCAUGCGGCACCAAGCUGACCGGGGCAUCGCGCUAGGCCUGAAAAACUAUAUUGCAUCCGAAAACCUAGGUAUCGAUACCUCUGCGGCUUUGAUCCGUAGUGUUCUCGGCCGCUCAAUCCAGUUGGGACGUCGCUACGCCCGGUCACGUAAUGACGAUGACCUACAUGAGGCUCUUCGCUUGUUGGGAACCGGUCUGCACUGUCUGGAGGACUAUGCUGCCCAUUCAAAUUACACAGAACUCAGUCUGAUCGAGCUGGGUGAAAAGGGUGUCUUCCCCCACGUUGGCCGCAAUACCAAGAUUCAACUUCGGGGUGCCCGCGGAGAUGUCUACCCUAUUGUGACCGGUACUUUUGGUGGAGUCGACUUUUUCCACUCGGUGCUCGGAGAGUUCUCUGAUAAGACCAAACAAUCCGAAAUUCAGUCCCUUGAAGGUGUGAUUACGGAGUCAGAGAAUGACGGCCCUUCGAAGAGCCUUCUGCAGGAUCUGCUGAGCAAAAUCCCCAGCGGGUUGAUUGGGGACAGCAGCGAUCAGGCUGGUAAAAUGGACGAGUUCAAGGCCAAGGCCGAUGAUGCUCGGCAUAACAGUCAGAACAUCAGUCCCCGCCAGCCUGAAGAAUGGACCCGCUACUUGGACAAUGUUCAAAAGCAGAUCUAUCCCGUUCUCGAGUGGCACGACCAGCUUUUGAAGGCAAUUAACGAGGCAAUCGAGAAGAUUCCCGUGUUACCAGAUCUGAUUGAGCAAGUCCAAGACGAAAUUACGGUCUUUGUGUUCUCGGUCCUUGCGCCGUAUAUCCUCCCUAUCAUUCAACAAGCCAAGUCAGAGCUUGAGACGGGUUCUUCGGAAGUUAUCCAGAGCAGCAGGCAGCAGCAGCACAUUGUCUUCAAUGAUGACUCUGCCUCAAACCCCACUCACUCGAUGCUCUCCAAGGACCAUUUCUCCAAUGUGCUCAAUGAGCCAGCUGGGCGUAUUGCUUCUCAGGUUGUUAAAUGGACCGUGCCUCAGCUGAUGCAGUGUUGGGAUGACGACAGUAUCGAUAUCGACCGAACCCUCAGCCGAAUCAUCUCUGGAGUAUUCCACCAUCCCGCUCUACGGGAUUAUGGAGAUGAUGGCGCCGCUGACAUUCGAGGCAUUAUGUUCUCCACUGUGGAACAGUGGUGGAGCGAGAAGAGCGACCGGGAACGUGAGGGGCUUCGUGACCAAUUGAGCCGCAAUGGCGUCCGUGAGGGCCGAAACCAUAAAGAUGGAGUCCAGGACUGUGGCCAUGGAUGUGGAAAACCACUCAGUCUGCCUAAAAAACAUCGCAAAGGCAGCUAUGGCAACAGCGGUCAACAGUCCAGCAACGACAACCUUGAAAAAAUUGCCUCUCAGGUUGUUGGGGGAGGCGCGUUAGGGGGUCUCGUCGGCGGCCUUGUAGGUGGAGUGGGCUCAAUGGUCCUGGAUAACGGUGAUUCCUCUGGUCGACAAAGUCCUAAAAGACAGCAUAGUCCGAAGAGACAGCACAGUCCGAAGAGACAGCACAGUCCGAAGAGACAGCACAGUCCUAAGCGUUCGAAGAGCCCCAAGCCUCGAAAGCAUGAAAGUGACGAUGAGCACGAUCGCCCUCGCCGCCAGCAUGAACACCGUGACCACGAUGAAACACAGACUUACGGCUACGCGCCUUCUCGACCACAGGAAGGGUAUUCACAUGAAAGCGAUAGGCCCUCAUAUGGCGGGCCACCUGAUCCUCGUGAUGAUUAUCAACGUAACGAGUAUUCUCGCCAAGAUUAUCCUCCCAGUAUGCCCUCUAGGCAGGACUAUCACCGUGAGGAAUAUCUCGCAGAUUUUCCCUCUCGCAAUGACUUCCCUCCCUCGGGUGAUUAUCCUCCCAACCAGCCUCCGAUGCAGAAUUAUCGCGGCGAGGAAUAUCGCACUGAUUUCUCCGCUCGGAAUGACUUUCCUUCUGAUGGGUUUUCUCCCAACCCUCCUCCUAUGCAAGCUUAUCACCGUGAAGAGCACCGUCAGUAUCAACAGGAGGAAAACGGAUCUUAUUACCGCCAAGAAAGACGUGAGACAUAUGAGACAGGUCAGAUUGAAUACCAGCGAACCGAGACGCGGUACGACUAUACGUCAUCUCAGCCUCAAUUUGAGCAUGUAGAACAGAAUUACGGCCGUGCGGGAUAUGAACAGGAGUAUUCCGAUUAUGGUGGACCACCACGAGCAGGUGGCAAUGAGUAUGAAAGGCCUGGAAAUCCGGUCGGAGAAGACAACUACGGCGAGCGCUUUGGCGGCAUCGGAGGCGGCAAUGUUGAGAUCGUGGAGCGUCGGCCUCGUCAUGAGCGCCGGUCUAGUGGUGACUCGCGGUCUGGCAGCGAGGAAAGGCACCCUCGACACCACCGACACCAUCGGCACCAUCGAUCAGGAUCGGAAUCAAAUUAG